AUGCCUGACUCGACCGGACCCGCCACAUCUACUGUCAAACGCGCAUGCGAUUGUUGUCAUAAGAGAAAGGUCAAAUGCAUUGGCGACGGUACUCGGCCUUGCAAGAACUGCACUGCAGCUGGUCUGACAUGCACCUAUAAUGCCAUUCCUCAGAAGAAGGGACCCAAAGGAAGCAGAGCAAAGGUUAUCUCGGAACUCCGCGAAACACAAAGACAAUCACAACUGGCAGCUCGCGCAAGGCACGGAUUGGGAUUCGAAGCGUCACAAUAUGCCAAUGCCUUCUCAAGGACGCCGGACCUGCUGUCCAUGGAGCUCAUUACAUCAUGCGUUGACUACUUCUUCGCAAACAUGUACCCAACCCAGCCAAUCCUGCACCGUCAGAAGGUUGGCGAAACCAUUGGAAAGAUGGAGAACUCGGUAGAGGCAUACUGUCUGGUCGUGUCGCUCUGCUCAUACAUGCUCAUCCAACCAAAUACCAAGCUCCCAGCUGGCGUUGUACCAGACGCCGAAGCACCCAACGCUCACCUCAAUCUCGGUAUGACAUUACUGGACGAAGCUAUUCGCGUUCGCAAAGGCUACGACUACAUUGAAAGUCCGAGCAUCUGGUCUGUCAUCACUUCGUUUUUCUUCUUCGGCGCACAUUUCUGUCUAGACAAGCACAACACUGCAUGGUUCCAUCUUCGCGAAGCAACGACUUUGGCGCAGAUUAUGGGUAUGCAAGACGAGAACCACUACAGUCAAGGCGACCAUAUUGAGACAUCGCGACGCCGACGACUGUACUGGCUUCUCUUUGUUACUGAGAGAGCAUAUGCCAUCCAACGUCACCGCCCCCUCACUCUUCACGCCACCAUCAACCUCCCUACUUUGAACGACGAUCCCGCCGAAACAGUCGAGCUUAGUGGAUUCAUCCAUCUCGUUACACUCUACAAGCCCUUCGAUGAUACCUUUGUCGGACUUUGGAACAAGGCACGUGUUGGCUGCUCGACUGAGUGGCUGGCGAGACUGCAAAAUCAACUUUCAGAAGCACUUCCAGCAUAUCUGCACAGUACCGAAAGUCAGGCCGUCGACUUGAGAACAUCACAACAAUGGCUCCGAACAAUGGUGUGGCAGCUCUCCAUCAGCCAUGGCUACCUGUCUUCGGCUGCUGCAGACAACACCAUGAGCUUCAAAUAUCCCAUCGAGAUCUCCAGAGACCUGAUUGCAGCCACGAGUGGCUUCUCCCAAGCUGCUAUGGAGGUCCACGGCAUUGGUCUUGUUGAGAAGCUCUUCGAUGUCGCUUGUACUUUGACCGAUGUCAUGUCGUGCGUGCCCUUCGAACAACACACUUUUGAGUACGGUCCUCGCGAUUACCUCAACCAAUUCCUCUCGCUCAUUUCCACUCUCCGCGGUGGCCAACAACGCUACCUCCCCAUGCUCCUUUCCAAGAUCAACGACACACUUCCUCAGAUGCCAACUCCAGGGUUCAGCAUGGUCUCUAUGCCCGGCGGCCGUGGCAGAAUUGACGAAAUCUACGACAGCAGUAAUCCCGCGAGCGGCGACUCCACUCCAUUCGGAGGCAGCCCACCUCCUCAACCUGUUGGUCCUCAACUGUUCCAAUCUGCUUACCCAGACGAUUUCAAGCUUCCUGGACCUACGAGUAGCGGCUUUCCUAUGAUGACGUCGGCGCCCACGUAUAACGGUAUCCAAACACCGGCGCAACUGCAAGCUGCGUAUCAAAAUUCGCGCAACGCCUACUCUGGCCUAGGUGGUCAUUCUGGCUUUGACAACCCUUGA